AUGGAUGGUCUAUUGGUGGUGGAGGGCAACGACAUUUCGGACGACGUGCUGCGCAAGUACCAUUGCUGCGUCCCGCAGCGAUUGGAGGGCGAAGCUGCUGAACAGUUUGCCAGUGACACGGAGUUCGAUAUCUCGAAGGAUGAGUUGGAAUGUGCCCUCAUGCGCUUUGCUCUCAUGUCUGGAUGCCCAAUCCUUGGACUUUGUCGCGGAUCCCAGAUGCUGAAUGUGCUGCGUGGCGGCACUCUCUAUGGUGACCUCGCAGCUGAGACUGGCACGACGAUUGAACACCUGCAGCCCAAUGGGCCCACUUAUGACAGUUUUCGGCAUCCGAUCCACGUGCACAAGCAGACGCCCUUGGCCGGAUGGUUUGAGGACUCCCUGGAACACGGACGCGACGGUGGGGAGCUGCUGGUGAACUCCUACCACCACCAGGGCUCGCGGGAGCUGGGCAAAGGACUGCGUGAGAUGGCGUGUGCGCCCGAUGGAAUCACCGAGGCCUUUUAUGAUGAGAAGUAUGACCCUGAGAACGGCCACUAUGUGGUGGGCUUGCAAUUCCAUCCAGAACGCAUGCUCGAGGACUAUCCGGGCUGCCGACGUGUUUACGAGAACUUCUUGCGUGCAUGCUGUGCCUUUCGCCAGCGAUCAGAACAAUGA